AUGCGUCUCAGAUAUGCGAGCAGACGAGACAAAAAAGUCUCGCUCCGGGAUUUCUACCAGCACAGGUUGAUGAUACGUGACGAGACUUUUUCCAUAUUACACAAUUCCGCGAAACUAUUUCAACAGUACGUGGUUGACACGUACGUGAAAAUAGAAUCACAAGAGUUGUGGUGGUAUCAGGCAAAUCAACGUCAAGUUCGGACCACGUAUUACAACCGCUUAAUCGACUACGUGCGCAGGCGCGUAGCCGAAGCGGGACCUAAUGCGAGGAUCGGCCGUAUCACCAUCCUGCCGUCCGGGUUUAAUGCUAGUUGUCGCGGACAGAACAAACUAUACCCGAACGCUAUAGCAGUCGUUGCCAGACACGGUAAACCCGAAUUAUUUAUAACGAUGACCUGCAACCCCCAUUGGCCAAAAAUUACUCGAAAUUUAAGUUUUAAUCAGCGCGUGGAAAAUCGUUCAGAAUUGGUGUGCCGAGUCUUCCAUACAAAGCUCGAACAAUUCAUGGAGGAUUUAGUCAAACAACAAUUCUUGGGAAUCGUCCGCACUUAUAAUUAUUCGAUCGAAUUCCAAAAAAGGGGACUGCCACACGCUCACAUUUUAAUCGGGUUCGAACCUACGGAUCGGAUCGACGACGCGGAGAAGAUGGACCGGAUUCCCGACCGCGAAGUCGAGCCGGAUUUGUACGGUGUUAUGCGUGAUUAUUAUGUGCACCGUGUCUGUGGUCAAGACAAUCCGGCCGACCCGUGUACCAAUUUGGGGGGUCACGUGUGUGCGAAAGGCUAUCCAAAGGCCUUUCGACGCGACACCGGUCUAAAUUUCCACCGUUUCGACGGAAGGCCGGAAUAUGCCCGUCCCGACGACGGUCUGUUUGCAGGCGCAGGACCAGAUUGCAUCACCAUCCAAAUGCGCGGGCAACAUAAUGAAGUCGAUUGGGACGAGAUUCGUAACUAUACCGACUGUCGAUAUAUCAGCUCGAUGGAAGCGUGCUGGCGUAUUUUCCAGUAUAAAUUACACGAUCGUUCCCACGCCGUAGUGACGCUGCCCGUUCACUUAGAAAAUGAACGACCCGUCACUUUCGAUGAAGGUGACGACGAAGAAGAAUUACUGACCCGUGUCGCGGACGCAACAAACUACGUGUCUAAAUUGGUGGCGUAUUUCCGUCUGAAUGCGGUCGAAUCCGAAGCACGGCAGCUGCGAUACGUGGAGAUACCCGAAAACUACGUUUGGUUUCACCUACGUAUUUUGUUACAACAUUUACGGGGCGCCACCUCCUUCGAAUCGAUCCGAACGCUAGCCGACGGGUAUAUCGGUCAAACGUACCAUGAAGCCUGCGAGAAGCAUCGGUUACUCGCCAAUUUUGACAUUUACCGCAACGCGAUGCGCGAGGUUUGCGAUCGCGAUUUGCCGCCGCGCCGCCAUCGGCACGAAAUACCGGCCUUAUGGGAAGAGUUCAAAAAUCCUUACAUAAUCGCUGAUCUCAUAAGACGCGGUAUUCCGCGGCCGAUAGCGCUUCGCCGCGCUCUCAUUCAUAUUGAUCAAAUCGUAGCGGCAAAUCGCGAGGGAAUAAACCUCAACGAGAUCGGUCUGGACGACCCGGAAGCUGCUAGGGUCAAUGAAGCGAACGCGUUUGCGGAAGUGCGACAAUGCGCGCCGGCGUCAGACGAGCGCGAGAAUGUGCUCUUGAGAUUCGGGGACAGAGUGUGCGAGUUGAACGCGGAUCAACCGGAGCGAAUUCUGUCUGCCGGCGGUGCCCGUCUGAUGGCAGUUGCGUGGACGGGCAUAGCUGCGUCUUUACUUAUAGAGGGGAGGACCUGCCCCCACGCUUUCCGUCUCCCUCUGGACCUGGACGAAGAGUCCACAGACGGAUGGCCGGCCGAGCACGAAAGGUCACAAAACAUUCGUCGAACCGACGUCAUUCUUUGGGACGAGGUGUCGAUGACCUCAAAGCAUGCGUUGAACGCGGUUUGUGACGUGUGCGAGAACAAUGUGGUUCCUUUCGGGGGAAAAACAAACUUGCGCGUGCAUCGCGCGGCACAGUUGGCGAUCGAGGCGGCGGCUCAUCAUCCCGAAAUGGUCGACUUGGAAGUCGCGGGGAACCGCAUUCAAGAGUACGGCAAUUGGCUUUUGCGUAUGGGGGACGGGUUAAUCGAGAGGGCAAUUUUGUGCGACACGUUCGUAACGGCCGAUCUCAUCAAAAUCGAUAGUCAUUUCGUAAUGCCAACCAUACAGGAAUUGAUCGAAUGGGUCUACGACAGAGUGAAUGAAAACGACGUACACUACCACUCGGUCGACGAGUAUGCCGACAAUGCGGCGACCGAGGAUGAUGAAUUUCACGUCUCUUUGGACGUCGUUCAUCGGAUCUCGGCGUCCAACAUUCCGCCACAUGAGCUCGUGCUCAAGACGGGAGCGGUUGUCGUCCUUCUUAAAAACCUAGACGUCAGGCAUGGACAGUGUAAAGGCACGAAAAUGAUGAUUGUGCAUCUCGGCGACGACGUUUUGGAAGUCAAGUUUCUAUCGGGUCCCCGCAAAGGGGAAACCAUCAACUUGUCUAAAAUUGAAAUCACAUCGAGCGUUCCGCAAGUUCCUCGCCCGAUCAAGAGAGACAGACCUAAUUUGCCAAGCCCUUGUUUCGCGCACGGACAGCUUUAUGUGGCCUUCUCUAGGGUGGGGUCGUCUGAAGAUGUGUGUGUCGUGAUCGAAAACACGGCAAAUCAAGCCGCUUUCAGACGCAGAGACGGAGUUAAAUUGACGCGUAACGUCGUUCACUCCAACAUUUUUAACAACCCCGAACCACUUCGACAACGGUUAUCCUGGAAUCCUACUCGUGCGAUUAUUGGGGGUCAGGGUGAAGUCGUGCUUCCGGCACGCACGUCACCCUCUCCACCAACGUCUAACGAACCGACCAGUACUUCGUUCGAACAAGACGACGAUUUUUUCGAUUCACUAGAUUUGACCGAUAUUAUUAUGGACGUACUGAGACACAGACCCACACCCAGGAUUCUUCUGAUCCCCAGGCAGUACGAUAAUGUCGUGGUCAAUCCAUAUAACGAUCGACAAUUGUUUGAACGAGUCUCGCGCGAUAACAUCGGGGACAACCACGACAUUAUCCUCAGUUGA